UCUUCCCCAACACAUUCACAAACACAAAGAACAUUAAUCCAUUGCCAAGAAUCGCAAAUCCAUCGUCAAAAUGGGAUUAGUCAUGGGCAAGAUCGACGUCGAAACGCCAAAAUACGAUAUCGUGAAAUCCACCGACGAAUACGAAAUUCGCAAAUACGCACCUUCUGUAAUCGCCGAAGUGACCUACGAUUCAACCGGCGAUAAAGACGGCGGCUUUACCAUCCUAGCCAAUUACAUCGGCGUUUUGGGAAAUCCCCAGAAUACCAAACCUGAGAAAAUCGCGAUGACAGCGCCGGUGAUUACCCAAUCGGCGGUUCCAGAGACAAUCGCGAUGACGGCGCCUGUGAUUACCCAAUCGGAGGAGGAGAAGAAGUCGACGAUGGGUUUUAUUCUGCCGGCGAAGUAUGAGAGGGCGGAGGAUGCACCGCGGCCGGUGGAUGAAAGGGUGGUGAUAAAGGAGUUGGGAGAGAGGAAGUAUGGAGUGGUGAAAUUUUCAGGAGUGGCUAGAGAUGGUAUUGUGAAGGAGAAGGUUGAGAAGUUGAAGAAAGGGUUGGAGAGAGAUGGGUUUAAGGUUAUUGGUGAGUUCUUGCUUGCUAGAUAUAAUCCUCCAUGGACUUUGCCUAUUUUCAGAACCAAUGAAGUCAUGAUUCCGGUUGAAUGAUAUAAUGAAAGAAUGGUUGAUUAAGAA